GCUGACUAUCAAGAAAUGAAGGUUAGGAUGUCAUGUGCUGGACUGCGAAAUCUUCUCCAAGGCUGAGCUACAAUGUCAAAUACUACUCUAAGCAUAGCUGUCUUCAAAGAGUAUGUAUUUGUAGUAAAAUAAAACCAAAAAAAUGCCAUAUCCUGGCCUGUUCAGGAAGUACGUGCACAUACAGGACUCUGCCACCUGGAAGCAUCCUGCCGUGGAGAUGCUUUUCCUGCAAGGAAGGAACAAAAACCCCUUCCAAAAGGAAACAAAAUGCAUCCAUAACAUCAGACCUUUUGUACAAGAAUCUUCUGAAAUCGGAGCAGGAAAACUGGAAUGACAUUUCAACGAGAUACAAAGCUAUGACAAAGAGAAUCAAGGAAAAAUUAGAAGAGUUGCACGAUAAGUAUACACUCAAUUUGGGAAGCCCGAGGAUCAGGUUUGGAGAGAAUGUGUACUUUGAAGAGAAUGGCUGCAUAUUUCUUUCAAAAGCAGAUGAUGAUGAAGAAAAUGGUGACAUUUUAUUCAGUACUGAAGAUCUUGGUUUUUCUGAUGCCUUUAUUCAACGUAUUAGAAUUUCACCAGAUCAGAGAUACAUGGCCAUCAGCUUAAAAAGUGAAAAUUCUGAAGAGGCAACCUGUGUUAUUAUGAAACUUGGUCAUUUUCCUGUUGUGGAAAAAAUCAUUCCAAGCGUAUUUAGUUUUGAAUGGGCUGCGAAUGAUGUUCUGUAUUACACAAGUCAGAAGAACCUUAAAUGCCAGAAUGUGUUUAUGACCAUUUUCACUAAUCAGAAACAUACUAAGUUAGUUUAUACAGAACAAGAUGCAAGAUUUUUUGUGGACAUAUAUUGCACCAAAGAUAGGCGUUUUCUCACUAUCAACAGCAACAGCAAGACCACCUCGGAAGUUUGGCUGAUUGACUGUAGACAUCCUUUUAAGUCACCUGCUCUUGUACAAGCACGAACAAAAGGGGUCAUUUACCACAUUGAGCACAGAAAUGACGAGUUAUAUAUUCUUACUACAUAUGGAGAACCUGCAGAAUAUAAGCUGAUGAAAGCACCGGUAGCUUCCAGUGGGAUGGAGAAUUGGCAGUUAGUUUAUGCACUGGAAAAGAAAACCAAGCUGGUAGAUUUGGAGAUGUUCAGUGAUCACUGUGUUAUGUUCCUGAAGAAUGCUGGUCAUCUUUACUUAAAUGUGAUUUCUUUUGUUUCACAUUCAGUUCAGUCAAUAAAGCUACCUACGUGGGCCUGUGAAUUUGAAUUGGAAUCUCAUCCUGAACAUACCACCAGCACUUGCUAUUUCCAGCUCACCUCCCCGGUACACCCCCCUAAGCAUUUUGCAUAUUCAUUUAAAGAAAAUAAUCUCAUUGAACAAGCUGUGCAAGAGGUACCAAUUAUUACGAAUUGUCACACUACACGUUUACUAGCUAAAAGCAAGGAUGAAACUUCGGUGCCAAUUACAGUUUUUCAUAAUAUGAAUUCUAAAGAGCUACACAGGAAACCACUUCUAGUUCAUGUAUAUGGAGCUUAUGGCAUAGAUUUGAACAUGAGCUUUAAAGAAGACAAGCUGAUGUUAAUUGAAGAGGGCUGGAUAUUAGCAUAUUGCCAUGUUAGGGGUGGAGGAGAGCUAGGCCUUAGCUGGCACGAAGAUGGAUGUCGGCAUAAUAAACUCAAAGGGCUCGAUGACCUUAAGGCUUGCAUCAUGCUGCUGCAUGAACUAGGAUUUUCUCAGCCAAAAUACACAGCACUAGCAGCUGCCAGUGCUGGAGGAGUUCUUGCAGGAGCCCUGUGCAACACUGCUCCAGAACUUAUCAGAGCCAUGGUUUUACAGGCUCCUUUUGUAGAUGUUCUAAAUACAAUGAUGAAAACUCAUCUCCCUCUGACAAUUGAAGAACAGGAGGAAUGGGGAAAUCCAUUAGCAGAUGAAAAAUGUAUGAAGUAUAUCAAAAGCUACUGUCCAUACCAGAAUAUUAAGCCACAG